ACUCAAAGUAGUAGGAGACACAAAAUCCUCCAAGCCUGCUCUCCCCCUGUGCACUCACUAUGCUGGAUUGCCUGGUGGUCCUGCUACAUGAAGGAGGAUUUCUAAGGACUUACCUCUCUGUGGUGGAGAGUGGUGCCCCCUUCAGAGACACUUACCAAGUUUAGGGAGCUGCAAAUAUAGGAAUUUGGGGGUGGGGGGGAAAGAAUUAAUUUUCUGCAGAGCAGGAGGGAGCCCUAGCACCACACACAAAAAAAAAAAAAGAAUUAAAAAAAUCUUCUACUGCUGCUUCCCAUGACAAACAUGCAUCUUGCCUUUUGGCUACUGGGAUUACUUCUAUUUCUACAAGACGUCUUGAAUGUAACACCAACAGCAGGACCUAAACUUCUCCCAAGGCAAGCUCAGCUCCUCCAGAGUCUGGGUGACUAUGAGAUAGUGACACCCACAAGAGUGAAUGAGUUUGGAGAAGUUUACCCCAAGAACAUGCACUUCAAAAGGAGAAAAAGACAUGUCAACCCCUCUGCAGACCCUGCAGACCCCUCCUGGCUCAACUCUACCACCCAUUAUAGACUCUCAGCUUUUGGACAGAAGUUCUUACUGAACCUCAGUGCCAAUUCUGGAUUUAUUGCACCGGUCUUAACUGUGAGCCUCUAUGGGAAACCUGAGAGGAACCUGACUGAUUACUACAAUCAUGACACUGACUUUGGGCAUUGCUUCUACACUGGACAUGUGAAUACAAGGGCAGAGCAUAUUGCAGUCAUCAGCCUGUGCUCAGGAAUGCUCGGCACCUUCAAGUCUCAGGACGGGGACUAUUUUGUUGAACCUUUGCUCUCGGCGGACGGGGGAGAGUUUGAUGAAGAGGAAAACAAGCCACAUGUAGUGUACAGACACAUCACACCUCAGCGAAAUGCAUCAAGGGAGAAAAAGACAUGUGACACAACAGGUCAACAAUCUAAUUCCCUCAGAAAAAGGAAGAGGGUAAGCCCCCGGGAACAGAACAUCAUGUUCUCAGACGUAACCGAUCUAAGAAAGGGGCUGCUAACAAACCAGGAUCCCUCAUACAAUAACGCUGAUAAGAUCAAUGGGACGCACAGUCACAAAAGAACAAAGCGCUUUUUGUCCUACCCUCGGUAUGUCGAAGUGAUGGUGGUGGCUGACAACAAGAUGGUUGAAUAUCAUGGUGCUAAUCUCCAACAUUAUGUUCUGACAUUGAUGUCCAUAGUGGCCUCCAUUUAUAAGGAUCCAAGCAUUGGGAAUUUAAUCCAUAUUGCCAUCGUAAAAUUAGCUGUAGUCCUCGAUGAGCAGGAGGGUCCAUCUAUUUCUUAUAAUGCUCAGACGACCUUAAAAAACUUUUGCAUAUGGCAACAGUCUCAGAACAACCCAGAUGACAACCACCACUCCCAUCACGAUACGGCGGUGCUAAUAACAAGACAGGAUAUAUGUAGAGCCCAAGAGAAAUGUGAUACAUUAGGUCUGGCAGAGCUUGGCACAGUGUGUGAUCCAUACAGGAGCUGUUCCAUCAGUGAAGACAACGGCCUGAGCACGGCAUUUACGAUAGCACAUGAGCUUGGACAUGUAUUCAAUAUGCCGCACGAUGACAGUAAUAAGUGUAAAGAAGAGGGAGGCAAGCAACAACAUGUCAUGGCUCCAACUCUCAAUUUUUACACCAACCCUUGGAUGUGGUCCAAAUGUAGCAGGAAGUACAUCACACAGUUCCUAGACACAGGAUAUGGUGAAUGCUUGCUGGAUGAACCUGUAUCAAGAUCAUACUCCAUGCCUCAGCAACUGCCCGGUGUCAUAUACAAUGUCAAUAAGCAAUGUGAGUUGAUAUUUGGGCCAGGAUCGCAGGUGUGCCCGUAUAUGCAAAUGCAGUGUCGGAGACUGUGGUGCAUUAACACAGAGGGGCCUCACAAGGGCUGCCGGACUCAACACACCCCUUGGGCGGACGGGACCGAAUGCGAGCCCGGAAAGCACUGCAAGUAUGGCUGGUGUAUUCCAAAAGAACGUGACGCUUCGAUUGUCGAUGGUUCCUGGGGACCUUGGAAGCCGUUUGGUGCUUGCUCUAGAUCUUGCAGUGGUGGGAUUAAAACCGCCAUCCGAGAAUGCAACAGACCUGAGCCAAAGAAUGGUGGCAAAUACUGCGUGGGACGCAGGAUGAAAUUUAAGUCUUGUAAUACUGAGCCCUGCUUGAAGCAGAAGAAGGAUUUCAGAGAGGAGCAGUGCUCCGAUUUUGAUGGCAAACAUUUCAAUAUCAAUGGCCUACCUCCUAACGUGCGCUGGGUACCUAAAUACAGCGGAAUUCUAAUGAAGGACCGCUGUAAACUGUUCUGCCGGGUGGCAGGAAGCACAGCCUAUUAUCAGCUCAGGGACAGAGCUGUCGAUGGAACGUCGUGCGGACCGGACACAAAUGAUAUCUGUGUGCAAGGACUGUGUCGGCAAGCUGGUUGUGAUCACAUCCUAAACUCGAAAGCUAGAAGAGAUAAAUGUGGUGUUUGUGGCGGAGACAACUCAUCCUGCAAAACGAUAGCUGGAACGUAUAACACAGUACAUUACGGCUACAACACUGUGGUUCGUAUUCCAGCAGGCGCUACUAACAUUGAUGUGCGGCAGCACAGCUACUCAGGGAAGCCGGAAGAUGACAACUACCUUGCUUUAUCAAACAGCCACGGGGAAUUCCUUCUAAAUGGCGACUUUGUGGUCAGUAUGUUCAAAAGGGAAAUCAAAGUGAGCAACGCGGUGAUUGAAUACAGUGGGUCAGACCAUGCAGUGGAGAGACUUAAUUGCACAGAUCGAAUUGACCAAGAAAUUGUGCUGCAGAUAUUAUCAGUCGGCAAUUUAUAUAACCCAGAUGUUCGAUAUACUUUUAAUAUUCCAAUUGAAGAUAAACCUCAGCUUUUUUAUUGGAAUUCUUACGGACCAUGGCAGGCAUGUAGUAAAAUUUGCCAAGGAGAAAGGAAGCGAAAGCCUAUAUGUACAAGGGACUCUGAUCAUCUGGUGGUUUCAGACCAAAGAUGUGAUCGCAUUUCCCAGCCUGAGCUCGUCACUGAACCCUGUAACGCUGACUGUGAAUUAAGGUGGCACAUGGACAGAAAGAGUGAAUGCACUGCCCAGUGUGGCCCGGGCUACCGAACGCUUGAUUUUUACUGUGCCAAAGUCAUCAAGUCAGAAGGAAAGAUGGAGAAGGUAGAUGAUCGGUUCUGCAGUGGUCUACAGAAGCCCAGCAGCAAGGAGAAAUGUUAUGUGGACUGUAACACUGGAAGAUGGAGCUACUCAGCCUGGUCAGAAUGCUCCAAAAGUUGUGGAAGCGGCACAAGGAGACGGAGAGCAGUAUGUGUCAAUUCCUUCCGUGAGGUUCUCGAUGAUUCCAAGUGUAGCCAACAAGAGAAGCUAACAGAACAGAGAUGCAGCGACGUCUUGUGUCCGCAGUGGAAGACAGGUGACUGGUCAGAUUGCCUCGUGACUUGUGGAAAGGGUCACAAACAUCGUCAGACCUGGUGCCAGUUUGGAGAAAGCCGAGUAAAUUAUAGAGUUUGUGAUCAAGAGACCAAGCCCGCAUCGGUUCAGACUUGUCAACAGCAGGAAUGUGCCUCGUGGCAAGUUGGUCCAUGGGGGCAGUGUACGGCGUCGUGUGGAACCGGUUAUCAGAUGAGAGCUGUGAAAUGUGUCGUGGGAGCCUAUGGAGCGGUGGUGGAUGACAGUGAGUGCAAUGCCGCAACCCGACCUACGGACGCUCAGGACUGUGAAACAGCCGCGUGCCCGGGCAUUCCUGAGACCAAACAGAUAGCCCACAGCAAGACACAGUGGAGAUUUGGAUCUUGGACGCCUUGUUCGGCAACUUGUGGUAAAGGGACCAGAAUGAGAUACGUCAGCUGCCGCGAUGAUCAAGGUGCAGUGGCGGAUGAAGCAGCUUGUUCCCACCUGCCUAAGCCGUCAGCGACGGAGGUGUGUACAGUGACACCGUGCGGACAAUGGAAAGCCCUGGAAUGGAGUUCGUGCUCGGUGACCUGCGGCCAGGGGAAGGCAGUGAGGCAAGUGGUUUGUGUGGAUUUCCUCGGCCAGUCAUUAGACAAUAACGAAUGUGAUCCGGACGACAGUCCACAGACCGAGCAAGAGUGUUCCAUGCCCCCUUGUCACUAUGUCAACCACGACUAUGGGCGGCCAAUUAAUCCCUUCCCAAACACAGACCAAAAAGCCAGAUCGAACCCAACCCUGGCCAUCUUGAAUAGGAAUGGUGGACGCUCCAUUGGUUCAAGUGGAAGUCAAUGGAGAAUAGGUCCAUGGGGAGCGUGUUCUAGCACAUGUGCGGGUGGAUUCCAGCGUCGUGUGGUGGUCUGCCAAGACGAAAACGGGUAUCCAGCAGCCAACUGUGAAGAGAGAAGCAAACCUGCUGAGCAACGGCCAUGUGAAUCUGGACCUUGUCCUCAGUGGGCCUUUGGCAACUGGGGGGAGUGUUCAAAAAAAUGUGGUUCCGGGACAAGGACAAGACUUGUGGUAUGCCAGAGACCGAACGGGGAGCGAUUCAACGAUCUCAGCUGUGAGAUACUGGAUAAACCCCCGGACCGUGAACAAUGUAACACCCAUAGUUGUCCUCCAGAUUCUGCGUGGAAUACAGGUCCUUGGAGCUCGUGCUCUGUGUCCUGCGGGCGUGGGGUGAAGAACAGGGUCGUGUACUGUGUGGCUAAAGAUGGCUCCAAUGUGGGAAAUGAAUACUGCAAGCACCUUGCAAAGCCAAACAUACAGAAAAAAUGUCGAGGGGGUCGGUGCCCAAAGUGGAAAGCAGGAGAGUGGGGAAAAUGCUCAGUAACGUGCGGCCGAGGGGUGCAGCAGAGGAGCCUUCACUGCCAAAUUGGUGCUCAGAAAUUGUCCGGGGCAUCAGAGUGCAAUCAGUCUACGAGACCCGUGUCAGAGCAAAUUUGCCAAACAGAGGAUUGUCCAGUUUACACUUGGAAAGCAGAAGAAUGGCAAGACUGCAGCAAGACUUGUGAUGGCGGAUUCCGCUACCGUAAAGUGUACUGCACUAAUGGAAAUGACAAGGAAGUCCCGGCCUUUCACUGCGAUGAUAGCAGCAGGCCAUCGGAUGUGGACAGCUGCAACCUCCAGUCUUGUGAAUACAUCUGGAUAACCGGGGAGUGGUCAGAGUGCUCGGUAACAUGUGGAAUGGGCUAUCGGCAGAGGCUCGUGUCAUGCAGUGAAGUGUAUUCAGCAAAAGAUCAUUACGAGUAUGGCUACCAAAGUUCUGCAAACUGCCCAGGAACCCAGCCGAGCAACGUGCAGAGCUGCUUCUUAGGAGAAUGUCCUGUGAUGGCCUUAUGGAGGGUUGGCAACUGGGGGAAGUGCUCUGUGACGUGUGGAGCUGGGUUUAUGCAGCGUUCUGUGCAGUGCCUAACCAAUGAUGACAUGCCAAGCAACAUGUGCCCCAUGGAUAUGAGACCAGAGGAGAAGAGGCCGUGCUACAACCCCCAUGACUGCGAUUUACCAAAAAGUUGUCAAGACGUCAAAAGACUCCGGAGGGUUGGCGAAGACGGCGAACACUAUAUAGCAGUUCAAGAAAAAAUAAUAAAGGUUUAUUGUUCUGGGAUGCAGUCAGACAGCCCGAAGGAGUAUGUGACUCUCAUAAGUGAUGAGGCAGAAAAUUACUCCGAGGUGUUUGGCUACAGAUUACAGAACCCUACAGAAUGCCCCUACAAUGGGAGCCGGAGAGAAGACUGUCCAUGUAGGAGAGACUACACAGCCGCUGGCUUCUCCACCUUCAGUAAAGUGAGGUUGGAUCUGACAACUUUACAAAUAAUAACCACGGAUCUGCAGUUUGCACGUACUCUUGAUGGACGACCUGUUCCGUUUGCCACAGCUGGAGACUGUUACAGUGCAGCAAAGUGCCCUCAGGGUCGUUUUAGCAUGAACCUUAAAGGAACCGGUCUUUCUGUAUCAGAAGCAACAAAAUGGAUGUCGCAAGGCAACUAUGCAGUGACUGAAAUAGCCAAAUCACUAGAUGGAACCAAAGUCACAGGAAAAUGUGGUGGUUACUGCGGGAAAUGUAUUCCGUCCUCUGCAACAGGCCUCCGCGUUCAGCUUUUAUAGAACUGGUGCUUUAAAAAUAAGAAGAUAUGAGAAGUUCAGAUGGAUAAAGACUCGUGUCGCAAUACCUCUUCCUCACCCUUUGUACACGUGUAAAUAGAUUGUAUACCAAGUGGUGUAUAGAAUAAUAUUUAUCUGAGGUUAUUUAUUUUAAUAUUUUGUGUAUGUAAAAUGUCUCUUGUAAGCCCUCCCCUGCGGAACGUGUUUCCAGCCUCUCACGUGUCUGGAGCCGUCAUCAGUGAAGUGGUUUGGCUGCUUUUUUUACUUUAGUUUUUCGUUCCACUUUUGCAGUCCAUCCACUGCAUUUUACAUGCUCUACAUCAUAUGUAGCAUAUUGACAUGAGUGAUGCUUUGUUGUCACUAGGUUUUAACUGUCCAUCAUUUUUCUAGUUGGCUAAUAAGCCUCCGGUGCUUCGCAAGUAUUAACAGUGUAUGCUUGGCAUUUUCUACAAAAUGUUUAUGGGAAAAAAUAUUGUUACAGCAGUUAUCUUACAGGUGCCAGUCAAGAUGGCCGACUGCCAAUUACCCAUAGAUUCAUAUAUAUAUAUAUAUAUAUAUAUAUAUAUAUAUAGAAACAGCGGCAGCACUGUCAUAAAUGGAUGUAGAUACUGGGUGCAAUUCCCCCAAAGAGCUUUGGCUGAUAGUUCAGAGAUUCAACUUGAAAAAACGAGGCAGCACUCCAAUGUGGGUAAAAAGGUGGUGGACCCACUGUAUUUUUGGGGUAAUAAGCAGGUCUAUAUAUAUAUAUAUAUAUAUAA